CAGUGUUGGUCAUACAGCAAGAAUGUUAUUUCAGUGUAGGAGUCCUUUGACUGGGACUAAACUGGACAUGUGCAUGGUGUAAUAGUGUGUUGGCGGUUCGACAAAUCACAUGUCUGUUAUAGUAAACACUGUAGGCUCAAUUAUGCUUGAGAGUCUUGGGCUGAGAGUAGGAGUAUACAGUGCAUAAUGUCCAGCGUUGUUGCGUACAUGUUGUGUAUACUUUUGCCCCAUUCCACCAGUGAAUGUCCCACUGAAAAUACAGAAUAGUGUCAUCAUCAUGAACAACAACACUGUAAACACAUGGUGUGUGAGGGAGCUAUUGAAUAUCAUCAUGCCCUCUGAAUAAUUGAUCAGUAGGAUGAAUCACGUCGGGGUCCUACAUCACAUUUAAAUCUCUCUCUCUCUCUAUCUCUCUCUGUCACAAACUCUCUCUCUCUGUACCACUUCACAUUGGGAGAUCAUUCAUUAAUAGAUAAAUAAAUGUCUCUCUAACCUUUACCAUCAAACAGAGCUGUGAUCUGUAGUAUGCAAAUGCAGACACCAAAUCAUAAAUGUACCAAAGUAACACACCCAUGCAUUACCAUACAAAUUAUAACCCCAAAUGUCAGCGCCUGUAUUGUAAUACUUUAUACAGAUUGCUAAUGGUAACUGAAAAUGAUUGGCUUCAAUAAAAAUAAAAAUCAGAGCCAUUUAAGGCAGGACACUACUGGUGUAUAGAUGUAUAUCUGCUGAUAUUCUUACACAGUUUUCUGUUGAUUUUUUACAUUUGUAAUUGGUACAGUGGAGGAGAAAGCAUGUUAUAGAUAUUGCAGUGGAUGCAAAAAUCUCAGGGUUGAGGGUUCGAUUCCUGUUGUGGCCCUGUGUGUGCGAAGUCCAAAGUGUCCGUAGUGUAUGAAUGGGUGUGUGAAUGCAUGUGUGAUUGUGCCCUGCGAUGGAAUAGCACCCCAUCCAGGGUGACCCGCGCCUUGUGCCCCAUGCUCCCUGUGAUAGGCUCCAGGUUCCCUGUGACCCAGUAAGGAUAAGCGGUACAGAUAAUAGAUUGAUGGAUAAAAUAUAUUAAUUGCUUGUAAGAAAUAACAAUUGCUUUAUUUAAUGCAGUACAAGAAUGGGAAACAGCUCAGCUAAACUGAAUCCCUUCAUACAUGUUAAUGGCUCGGCCAAAUCCAAGCUCAACACUGAGCCAAGUGGUGGUCCUCAGCGCCUCAAAAUGAAGGUGGAGGAGUUGGAGAGCCAGGUGAAGAAGAAGGAUGAAGAACUGAGUGUCCAGCAGCAUCAGAUCAAACAGCUGGAAGAGCAGCUGGCCCAGAAUAACCAAGUCAUUGCUGACAUCUCAGAUGCUUUGAGAACUAAAUGUCUCCAGCUCAGCAGUCUACAGGAGGCUCUGAAGAAACAGCGAGAUUUGGAACUCAUGAAUUCACCCACUGAGGCAAGUCAGAGACUCAGCGGCCUGCUGCGAGAGACACUCAACAAGAGAAAAGGAGCCAAAGCUGGGGUUUCUGCAGAACCGUCAUCCAGGACGUAUGACUCGAGUAGCCUGCCCAAGUUCUACUUUGAGAGUGCACGAGUGUGGAAAGAGCCAAGUGUGAAGAAGUUCCUAACAGAUGCCUUGAAUAAGAACCGAUAUCUGAAGAGGCUGGAAGGACAGCAGCUUAGAGACAUGGUUGAGUGCAUGUAUGAGAAAACAUACCAAAAAGGAGAGUAUGUCAUCAAGCAAGGUGAGGCAGGGAAUCACCUGUUUGUGCUGGCAGAUGGCAACCUGGAUGUCUAUCAGAACAAUAAACUGCUCACGUCAAUCGCAGUAUGGACAACAUUCGGUGAAUUAGCCAUUUUAUAUAACUGCACUCGGACUGCAUCCGUUAAAGCGGCCAGUAAUGUCAGAACCUGGGUUCUUGACCGGGAGGUCUUUCACAACAUCAUGCGAAUGACUGCUGAGGCAAGACAUGAGCAGCACCGCAACUUCCUCAGAAGUGUUUCACUUUUGGCCAACCUUCCUGAAGACAAGCUGACUAAGAUUGUUGACUGCCUGGAGGUGGAGUAUUAUGACAAAGGCGACUAUGUGAUCCGGGAGGGAGAAGAAGGAAACACAUUCUACAUCAUUGCCAAUGGAAAGAUUAAAGUAACCCAAAGCACUAAGGAUCACGAGGAGCCCCAGGUCAUCAAUACUUUACAGAAAGGUGAUUACUUUGGAGAAAAGGCCCUCAUUAGUGAUGACGUCAGGUCAGCUAAUAUCAUAGCAGAUGAGGAUGGUGUUGAAUGCCUCGUCAUUGACAGGGAAACAUUCACUCAAACUGUUGGCACCUUUGAUGAACUUAAGAAAUAUCUUCAAGGCUAUGUUGAGACUUUAGCCCGUGAUGACAAGAAGAGAAAUGCAAAGAGGUCAAGAAGCAGUACUCCCAGCUCUCCUUUAUCCAGUGAUCAGGUGCAGCUAAAAGAGAAAGACUUUACUUCCUCUCUUUCCUUCAGGAACCUGGAGAUCAUCACUACUCUAGGAGUAGGGGGCUUUGGUAGGGUUGAACUGGUUAAAGUCAAGAAUGAAAAUAUGACCUUUGCACUGAAGUGUAUUAAGAAGCGUCACAUUGUGGACAACAGACAGGAAGAACACAUUCACUCAGAGAGGAGAAUCCUGAGUGAGACCUGCUCCCCUUUUAUUGUCAAAAUGUACCGUACAUUUAGGGACAAUAAGUUUGUAUACAUGUUGCUGGAGGCAUGUCUGGGUGGAGAGGUCUGGAGUCUGCUGAGAGACAGGGGAAGCUUUGAUGAGAACACUGCCAAGUUCUGUGUGGGUUGUGUUACUGAAGCUUUUGAGUACCUACACAAAAAAGGAAUAAUUUACAGGGACCUAAAACCUGAGAACCUCAUGUUGGACUCAGAUGGAUAUGUAAAACUGGUUGACUUUGGUUUUGCGAAGAAGAUCAGGUGUGGCCAGAAGACAUGGACGUUCUGCGGGACUCCUGAGUAUGUCGCACCUGAGAUCAUUCUGAAUAAAGGCCAUGGCCUCAGUGUGGACUUUUGGUCUCUGGGAAUCCUAAUCUUUGAACUCCUGACUGGAAGCCCUCCCUUCACUGGCUCAGAUCAGAUGAUAACGUACACUUUCAUUCUGAAAGGCAUGGAGAAGAUGGACUUCCCAAAGAAGAUCACAAAAAGGCCUGGUGAUCUCAUUCGAAAGCUCUGCAAACAAAAUCCUUCGGAGCGUCUUGGGAAUAUGAAGAAUGGAAUAACAGAUAUCAAGAAGCACAGGUGGUUUACUGGCUUCAGCUGGAGUGGACUGAAAGAGAGGAGUUUGUCAUCACCGCUGAAAAGAGAGCUGAAAGGACCAACAGACCACAGCUACUUUGACAACUAUCCACCUGAAGAUGAAAUUCCUCCUGAUGAACUUUCUGGAUGGGACAUAGACUUUUAA